CUGUCUAUGUCUGCCCGCGACCUGCGCUGAGGGUUCGGCUAUUAGACGCCUCUCAGCGGGAUCUCUUUCCGCGAAGUCGCGAGGGUUCUUAACGGCGGGUUCGAUGCGCGCAGAUUGUGCGGAUUACUAAGGGGGCCACGUAUAUCGGAGAUGCCGGUGCGUAGGCACACCUGCAUGGUUGGCCGUCGACGAACUGAGGUGUGAAGCUCGUUGUUACCAUCGCUAAGGAGGCUUCUUACGUACGACCGCCUACGAUUUUCAGGCAUCUAAGCGACCAUUGCAAGCACUGGGGAAGCCACAGUGGCUUAAGGUGCGGGGUUUCCUGCUUAACGUUGGCGACUCGGGCUGGUGUAUGAAGAUCGCUCAUUAGGUCGUGGCACAGUCAAGUUAGGGGUUGAUCAACUCAAUAGUUUUUUUUUGCGUGUGAGUACACGGGUUGAGUCGACGUGGGGACGAUGGACGUUGACGGCGAGGGGAAGGCUCCGCGGGGGAGGUACUUCGCGCGCUCCCCCGUGCGCGCGUCGUCCAUGGGUGGCGCGCGAUCCGGGGCGGCAGAUCUGACGGCGAAUGCGCCUCCGGGACGCGGUCCGAGAGGAGGCGCAGGGGUGACUGGGUUGCGGUAUGCGGGGGAGAAGGAGGAUGAGGAUGACGAGGGGGAGGAAGAAGAGGAGGAGGUGGAAGACGAGGGGCUAGGGGAUGAGGGAGAGGGGGAGGGGGAGGGGGACGAGGACGAGGAAAUGGUGGAGGGGGAGGCGGAUGGGGGGGACGAUGAGGAGGGGGAUGAGGAUGAGGAGGGUGGAGGGGACGGAGGUGAAGAUGAGGAGGGGGAUGAUGCAGAGGAGGCCGAAGAGGAGGAGGUUGAGGGCGGAGAAGAGGGCGGUGCGGGGGAGAACGAGGACGAGGAGGACGAGGAAGCGGACGAGCAAAAGGGCGACGAUGCGGGUGGGGAUGAAGGAGACGAAGAAGACGAGGAGGAGGAGGCCGCGGGGGAAGCGGAGGAGGAGGAAGAAGAAGAGGAAGAAGAGGGGGGGGAGGAGGAGGGGCACGAGGGUGUGGCGGACACGGAGCGCGCAGGGGGCGCGGACAUGGCGGACGACCUGGCAUCCGAUGACGAAGACGAAGACGAAGACGAGGACGUGGACGGGGACGGGGACGAGGACGAGCGCGCGCAUCAGCACGAGCGGGACGACCGCCCGCGGCCUCAGGCGCGACCUGCGCACGGCAAGCAGCUGCUGGUGGCAGGCGUGGCGCGGCGCGGCAACAAGCUCGUCAUCUCCCGCCCGGUUGGAGGGGGGUUGGACGAACAGGACGGGGGACUUGAGGGGGAUGAAGAGGCGGUGGGGCGGGAGGAAGAGGAGGAGGAAGAGGAGGAGGAAGAGGAGGAGGAAGAGGAGGAGGAAGAAGAGGAGGAAGAAGAGGAGGAAGAAGAGGAGGAGGAGGAUGGGGAAGAGGACGCGGAGGGAGAAGGGGAGGUAUCCGAAGACGCGAAGCUUCCGUCCCAAGUGACAGGCGUCAGACUGGAAGAAUCAGAGAGCAAGGAUGUGGAGGACGAGGCGGAGGAGGAAGAGGAGGACGGGUCUGGUGCAGGUGCAGCUGACAAUGAGAAUUCGGACGAUGAGGGGCAGGAACGCGAGGAGGACGGGGAAGCAGACACAGAAAAGGAGGAGGACGAAGAAGAGAAGGGAGAAGGGGAGGAGGAGGAGGAGGAGGCGGAGGUGGAUGAUGAGGACGAUAUUCCAGCGGACAUCACGACGCCUCUGAAGCCGUCCGAGCUGGAGAACAUGCCGCUGAAGGAGCUGCGGCAACUGUACACGACCCGCUUGGGCGAGGUCACCACGAGCAACAACAGCACGUGGCUGCGAAGGAAGCUGCUUGGCAUGUGCGCCACAGUGCGAUCCAAGGGAAACUCACCAACUAAGCCCAGCAAGCCAGGGUCGCCUUCCCCAGCGCCGUCCCCACAGCUGUCGGCCCGCACCCACAGCAAGCGCUCGUCGCUCCCCCCAAAGAAGUUCCGCUCUGACGUCAUCAUGCUGCCGCUCUCGCAGUCCCCCACCGCCUCCCCCUCACCUGCCGCGCACCGCAAGCUGCUCCUCCUUCCGCCCCGCCCCCCCACAUCAAGUGAUCAAGAUGGGGACGGUGCUUCGGCUGCCGAACCUGGGCUGCAGGCUCGGCAGCUUCCCUCUGCUCCACAGGGGCAGGGGGUGCUGGUGUGGGUGAAAGUGCAGCCAGGAUUGCCCUGGUGGCCGGGCCUAGUUCGAAAAAUACACGCGCCGGUGCAUGCAGGCGAGAAGUCGGAGGAUGGAGGCAAGGCGACAGGCGGUGGGGGUCCACAUGAAGGUGAAAGGGCAAAAGUGAAGGAAGAGCAGGAGGAAGGGAAGGGGAAGAAGAUUGGUGUGGAGGUGGCAGCAGCAGCGACCGGCAUAGCAGUGUUGGAGGGGCUCAUUGGCAAGAGGACCACUGUCACGAGCUUGCUUGUCCUUCCCUUCGCACCCGUUCGCGAUCACUUAGCAUCGCAGCGUCUGCCGUGUGUCCCAGGGCUGCGCUCGCUCUUCCGCGCCGCCGUGGCUUGGGCGGACGCACACGCACGGCAGCACAGGGACAGAGAUGGGUCGGACCUGGCGGCGCUGAGGUACACUGAGUGUUUCAAGUGCAACGCACCGCUCAGCACCGCGUUGCCUUCAGCAGCUGACACCAAAGCUGUGAAGCGUGAGCGCACAGAGGAGGGAGCUGCAGGCGAUCGUCACGAUAAAGAACACGGGUCACGAUCUCCCAUUCCUUCUGGUGACGGCUGUGCCUUACACUGUGCGUCAUGCCCUCGUGCCUACCACGCUCGCUGCGCUGCUACGUCUGAGGUUAAGGCAGGGCACGACUGGCAGUGCAGCGCUUGUGAAGCAGCCACGGUGGAGAGGCUAGCACGGGCCGACGCACGCACUGCUGCUGUCAGGACUGAAAGGACGUUCAAGCGUCGCAGGAUGAGCGAUCUCCCGCUCCCUGGCACCUCCUCUCCCCCCUCCGCCUCCCUCUCCUCCGCACGCCGGGCAGGUGCGGCAGGCCCCGGGCAGGCAGCAGAUCCGGGCAGUCAGAAAUCCCUGGGAAACACUAGGGAGCGGCGCAAGGGGCCGAAGAUGAGCUGGUCGAGCCUGGCAGAGUCGGAUGAGAGUGAGGAGGAGGAGAGACAGGGCGCGGGGAAAGGCGAGGAGGAGCACGAGGAAGACUUCGUUCGGCUGGACGAGGAGGAGGACGCAGCAGAGGUGGUGGUGACGUCGGAUGACAGCGUGGAGGAGGGCGAUGGGGUGUGGGCCGGCCCGGGGCUACAUUCGGAGGUUUCGCGGGACAAGGCCGGCAAGAAAGGGGCAGCGUCAUGGGUGUGUGCGGUGUGUGGUGAUGCGGGGUAUCUCCUCUGCUGUGACCUCUGCCCGCGCCUCUACCAUCUCUUCUGCCUCACCCCGCCCCUCAAGAAAGCUCCUAAGGGCUCGUGGAUCUGCCCAGUCUGCACAGAGGCUUCCACUCUCGAGAUUGAGCGCAUAUUCGGGUGCAGGAUCCGGUCCCUGAAGGAGGGGCUGGAGGACGGCAAGCAGGAGGCCGGCGCUGCUAAGAAGGCUGGGGAGGGCGAGGAGAGUGAAGAGGUUGCCAAGGGAGUAGGGGAGGGGAAGAGAAAAAGGCUGGGUUCUGGUUCUGGGGAGGUCAUAGAAGGGGAUACGGACGUGGGGGAGGAGGUGGAUGUAGUGAGUGUUGACGAUGAUGAUGCUGAUGCCCAUGCUGCAGAGGUCGCAAGGUUGAGAUCCAAGGCAGCAGCAAGUGGCGAUGGGGAUUCCGCAGGGAAAGAUGGAGGGAGCGAUAAAGAGGGAGACAAGGAGGGCAGUGGGGCCAAGGAGGGAGGGAAGGACGGGAGCAAGGCGAAAGAUACGGCGGACGAAGGGAAGGAGAAGGAUGAGAAGGGGGGCAAGGAGUUAGUGAAGUCGGGAGAUUCGAGUCAUAAGGACGACGAGAAGGCACCGGAAAAAGGCAAAGACACUGACCUGAAAGAGCAGAAGAGCGGCGAGAGCGGCAAGGAGGACGAGGACGGGGAGGAGGUGGUGGAAUAUCUGGUGAAGUGGGUGGGCAAGGCGCAUGUGCACAACACUUGGCUGUCGGAAGAGCAGGUGGUGGCACUAAACCAGCGCAAGCUCGACAACUACCGCCAGCGCCACGGCCGCACGCCGCUCUCCCUCAUGGAGGACCAGUGGACGCACCCCCACCGCAUCAUCGCCCACCGCUCCCUUGGCCGCCCGCGCCUGCCCUCCAAGGGAAAGGGCGCAGGCAAGGCGGGGGCGAGUGGCGGGAGCAUGGAUGGCGGGGCGCGGGGGAUUGGGAGAGGGGGCCAGCAGCAGCAGGAGGUGCUGGUGAAGUGGUGUGGGCUGCCGUACGACGCGUGCACGUGGGAGGACGUGCGCAGCCCCGCCAUAGCAUCCAAUCCCAAGCUGCUCCAGGCGUACGAGACCUUUGAGCGCAUGGCCAGGACGCCAGGCGGCGGGGCAGUCCCCCGCAAGCUGUCAGCCGUCCCGGACCUGAAGGAGCAGCCGAGCAACCUGGCGGGUAAACUCUUCCCGCACCAGCUAGAAGCAAUCAACUGGCUGCGCCGCUCCUGGGCGCGGCGCCGCAACGUGAUUCUAGCGGACGAGAUGGGGCUGGGAAAGACCAUCUCAGCGGCCUCCUACCUGUCGUGCGUGAAGACGGAGCUCAAGGUGCCCGGGCCGUGCCUGGUGCUGGUGCCGCUGUCCACCAUGCCCAACUGGUCCGCGGAGUUUGCGCUCUGGGCGCCGCACCUCAACCUCGUUGAGUACCACGGCAGCGCCAAGGCGCGCGCCGUCAUCCGUGACUUAGAGUUCUUCGCUUCAGGUGAUGGGGGCGGCGGCGGUGGCGGAGGUGGCAGUGGCGGUGGGGGGAGAGCGAGUGGGGAGAAGGCACGGGGAGCGGGGGGCAACAGCAACCGGCGGUACAGGUUCCACGUGAUGCUGACGACGUUUGAGAUGGUGCUGGCCGACACAUCGGUGCUACGCGCGAUCCCCUGGGAGGUGCUGGUGGUGGACGAGGGGCACCGGCUGAAGAACAACGAGAGCAAGCUCUUCACCCUGCUCAACACCUUCUCCUUCAACCACCGCGUGCUGCUCACCGGCACGCCGCUGCAGAACAACGUGGGCGAGAUGUACAACCUCCUCAGCUUCCUGCACCCCUCGGACUUCCCGUCGCUCUCGGCGUUCAAGGAGCGGUUUGCGGCGAUGGACGCGGCGGGGCAGGUGGCGGAGGUGCAGCGCAUGGUGGCGCCGCACAUGCUGCGGCGCCUCAAGAGGGAGACCAUGAAGCACAUCCCGCCCAAGGAGGAGCGCGUCGUCCCCGUGGAGCUCUCCGUCGUGCAGGCGGAGUACUACCGCGCACUGCUGACGAAGAACUACCAGGUGCUGCGCACGGGCAAGGGCGGGCAUCAGUCCAUGCUCAACAUCGUCAUGCAGCUCAGGAAGGUGUGCAACCACCCGUACCUGAUCCCGGGCACGGAACCCAUGGUGGGCAGCAUGGAGUCGCUGCAAGCAGCCAGAGUAGCGGCAUCGGGCAAGCUCCAGCUGCUGGACCGCAUGCUGGAGCGCCUCAGGGCGGCGGGCCACCGCGUGCUCAUCUUCUCGCAGAUGACAAGGCUGCUGGAUAUCCUCGAGGAGUACCUGGCUGUGAAGUUUGGGCCCCGGACAUAUGAGAGGGUGGAUGGGAGCGUGGGCGUGGCGGAUAGGCAGGCGGCCAUUGCGAGGUUUAACAAGGACAUGUCGCGAUUUGUGUUUCUGCUGUCCACGCGGGCAUGCGGGCUGGGAAUCAACCUGGCCACAGCGGACACCGUUGUCAUCUACGACUCUGACUUCAACCCGCACGCCGACAUCCAGGCCAUGAACCGUGCGCAUCGCAUUGGGCAGUCGAAGCGUCUCCUGGUGUACCGCCUGGUGGUGCGCGCGAGCGUGGAGGAGCGCAUUCUGCAGCUGGCCAAGCGCAAGCUGCUCCUCGACCACCUGCUCGCCGCCAGCAACACCGGGGCUGGCGGGGCUGCUGCCGCCGCGGGCAGCAGCAAGUCGGGGAACGCUGGGAAUGUGAAAGAACUGCAGGACAUUCUGCGGUGGGGCGCAGAUGAGCUGUUUGAAGAGGAUGCUAAGGUGGAGGGAGGGGAGGACGGGAAACCCGACGCCAGCGCGGCAGCAGCGGAGGCAGUGGCGGCAGCAGGGGGGGGGACGUUUGACAUAGGCGAGCACCGGAAGGGGCGCAAGGACCGCAGCAGCCUGGGCAACGUGUACGGCGACACGUGCCACGAGGGCGGGCGGCGGCGCCUGCAAUGGGACGAGUCGGCCAUCUCAAAGCUGCUUUGCCGCACGGUGGCAGAAGGAGGCCAUGGGGAGGAGGAGGCAGGGGAACCACUGCUCGGGUCCAUCAAGGCGUGGACAUUCGAGGAGGCGGAUGAGGAGGUGGAGGAGGAAGCGGGGGAAGACGAGGGGGUGGUGGAGGUGGAGGGGGAGGAGGUGGGGGAGGAGGCAGUGGUGGCGACAGCAGCAGGCAAGAAGGGCAAGGGGCACAAGGAGCACAAGGACGAGAAGGACGAUGCUUCCGGGGAGUGGGAGAGGCUGCUCAAGAACCGGUGGGAGCAGAUGCAGGUGGAGACGAGUGCGCUGUUGGGGCGGGGCAAGCGCACGCGGCGCCCGGUGUCGUACAACGAGCAGGGCAUCGUCGCCGCCAUGGCCGCUGCUGAUGCCGCCGCCCUUGCUGCUGCCGCCACUGCCUCCAAGGAGGACCAUGAGGACGAGGAGGAACCGGCAAGAGAGCUAUCAGCAGCUGGAAAGGCACACAGGGACAAAUGGCUGAAGCUUCGGCAGCGUCAGAAGGCACGCAUUGCCGAUCGAGGCAAGACGCCUCCCCCCAAGCCCAAGCCCAAGGCUGCGCCUGCCUCCUCCAAGCGCCCCCCUCUCCCCUCCGCCACACUCAACACCUCCUCUACCCCCUCUCAUGCGCUCGGCAAGCACGGCGUGGCCGGUCACGCACACAAGGGAGCAGCAGCGGCAGGGGCAGCAGCGGGAGCAGGAGGAGCAGGAGCACCCGGCAAGUCAGGUGCUGCAUCCGCUGCGACUGCUGCAGCGGCAGCAGCGGCAUCAGGCGGAGCGGGUGCGAGUGCUAGUGGGGUGAUGGGCAUGGAGGGCAGGAGAGAGUCAUCCCACAUGGUGGGUAAGGUGCCCGCUGAAUGGUUCUGGAAUCACCCUGGCGCUGCUGCAGCAGGGAAGCCCGGCACAGCAACAGCAGGAGCAGGGUCGUGGCAUGCAGGGGCAAGUGGCGGGUCAGGGAACAGCACAGGGCAGGGGGUAGCAGGGGCCACGGGGCAACCAGGCAUAGGACGAGCUGGAGACAAGACCGAGCCUCGACCUUUCAGCCCGAACCAGCAUCUUGGGCUCGGGAAGUCCACCAUGGGUGGAGGCACGGGGGGGGCGGGAGCAGGAGCAGGAGCAGGGUCACGGGCAGGGGCGGGUCAACCCUCAUCCACCGGAGGUCCGUCGCGCCUCUACGUCGACUCCUCUCUCUCCUACCUCCCUCGCCCCCCGCUCUUGCGGAAUUUCAACUCGGCCGAUGCUGCGGGGGCGGGUGUCCCUAACCCAGCCCUGUCUGCUGCGGCAGCGCAUGCAGCAGCGGCAGCGGCAGCAGCAGCCAGUGGCCGGGGCAGCAAUGGGCAUCAUACAGGUGGGAAAGCAGGGGGUGGGAAGAUGGGAGGAGGAGGCAGUGUUGGGGUUGGGGAGGGUGGUGGUAGCCGGCUUCUGAGCGCGCCUACUGGCGCAAGUUCCUUGCACAAGCACCAGCAUCAGCAGCAGCAGCAGCAGCAGCAGCAGCACCCGCACCACCAGCAGCACCAACACCAGCACCAGCAACCACAGCACCAGGCGCAGCAGCAGCAAGGGGGCAGGCAGGCACAGCAUCCUUCUCCUGGCAGCUUGCCAUCAGCAUCCCCCAGCCCUGCAUCAGGUGUUAAAUCCACAGGCAACCAGACCAUGGACUCAACCCACAUGGCAAGGACAGCAGGUGCUGCCAGCAUACCUGGGGGAAUGGGAGGCACAGCAGCAGGAGGAGCAGCGGGCAUGGCGCCGUCAUCCUCCCCCCAGCAGCCCACUGGCAAGGCGCCUCUCCUCUUCCUCCCCAACUUCCCCAGCUUCCCCUACCCCCACCUGCCUCCCUUCUCCCGCACCCCUGGGCAGCAGCCCACGUCCCUGCAGCCCCCCCCUCUGCCAUCCUUCACGCAUAUGCCGCCCCAUGAUCAGGCAGGGGUUAUGGGUGGAGCGGGUGGUAAGACUAACUGGAUGAGUCCCCAGCAGCAGCAGCAGCAGCAGCAGCAGCAGCAGCAGCAGCAGCAGCAGCAGCAGCAGCAGCAGCAGCAGCAGCAGCAGCAGCAGCAGCAGCAGCAGCAACAGCAGCAGCAGCACCAGCACUACCAACAGCAGCACACGCAACAGCAGCAGUACCAGCAGCAAUACCAGCAGCAGCAGCACGCAGCACAACUGGCAGGAAAGCUGGGCUCGGUAAAGUCCCCUCCUCCUGAGGCAACACGACAGUCCACAGCAGGGAAGGCAGAGGAGCAGCGGCAGGCCAAGGCUCAGAGGCGUGCAGACAGGCACAGUCAGAGAGACGCCCCCAAGGAAGGCCAGAGAGGCAAGGAAGGCGAGCUGGGCGGCCAGCAGCAGAACCAAAGCCAGCAGCAGCAACAGGAGGGCAGCCGCGGCGGCGCUAAUGAGGGCAACAGCGGCAGCAGUGCGACAAUCAAUGUGGAGAAGUUUCGAUACCAAAACGUGUCGUUCCCCCAGCGCAUCUACACGGUCAUUGGAGUGCCCAUAGGGCCUAGGGGCGCGGGGGCCGUGCCCGCAUCACCUGACAUCAUUGCUGCUGCGACUAAAGAGCUGCUCGCUGCGGGAGGCACCCCGCAACCCCGCUCCUCUGCCUCCACCCCUGCUGGACCCGCUGCUGCUGGCGCUGCUGGUGCUGCUGGUUCUGCUUCGGCAGCAGCUGCAAAGGAUGGUGUGGUUCCAAAAGGUGGUGUUGCUGGGGUAGAUGGCAGUGCAGCAGGAGCAGCAGCAGCCAAUGGGCUGGGUAAGGCGAGUGGGGGGGAGAGAGACAGCAGGGAGCAGCGUGGGGAGGGUGUUGCGGGUGCGGUCGCUGGCGGGAAGUCAGGUGCAGGCAAGGAGGGGAGAAGAGGUGGGGAGGAUCGAGGCUUGCAGUCAAAGGGAGGGUACCGGGAUUGGCUGGUGGAAGGAACAGAGGCUGCUGCUGCUGCAGCAGCAGCAGCAGCAGCAGGAGCAGGAGCAGGAGCAGGAGCAGGCAGGGAGGAGCAAGGGGCAGGAGGCAAAAGGCAAACUGGGGGAGCAGCAGCAGUUGGAAGAGGAGAAGCAAGGGAGAAGGACCAACGAGGUCCUGCUGGCAGUGCUGGUCAGGGCGAGAAGGCAGCAGUGGGGAGGGACGUGGAAGGAGAGAGCAGGGCAGCAGGUGCAGGCACGCAGUGGGGUGAGGAGGAGUUGGAUGCGCUGUGGAUCGGUGUGAGGCGGCAUGGGAGAGGGCAGUGGAGGGCUAUUCUGGGUGAUAGAAGGUUGAGGAUGAGGGAGAGGAGGAUAGAGGAAGAGCUAGAGGAAAGGUGGGCGGCAGAGGAGAGGAGGAUUCUGGGGUGGACUGAGACCGACCAGGAGAGGCGGAGGGAGAGGGAGAGGGGGAAGAGGAGAGAGGUUAAGGAAGUGAAAGAGGUGAAAGAGGCGGUGGGAGGGGAAGAGGAUGCGGACGAUGUGAUUCUGCUUGGAGCUGAGGAAGUGGAGCGGGAGAGGAGCAAGAGAGAGGAGGGCGUGUAUGGAGGAGGGCGGGAGACGCAGAGGAGGGAUGGUAAGAGGAAGUUGGAUGAGAUGGGCCUGGAGGGAGAGGAUGGCAGGGAGAGUGGGGAGGGAGUGGAGCGAGGGACAGGGAAGAGGGCGCCAGGAGAGGGGCGAAGGGAAGCGAGAGGGGCAGGUGAGAGGGCACCGGUGGGUGAAGGGGUGAAUGAGAACGGAAAGGGUGAGGACGUGAGAGUUGGGAGAGCAGUUGGAGCUGCAGCAGGGGAGGCAGAGCAGCAAGGCAAGGGGGAGCGCGGCGGGGGUGCACGAGAGGAACUGGCGAGAGGGGCAAGCGCAGCAGGAGACAAGGGCACUGCUGGUGGUAGCACCAGUGCGGCUCAUAGCUGGAGCAGGGAGGGCAGCGAUAGGGAGGUUGGCAUGUCAGGGAAAGGCAAGCGGGUGGGUGUGGACAAGAGGGAUGGAGUGGAGCGAGUGGCAAAUCAUGGGGCUGCAUUGUAUGCGAGAGGGGUGGGGGAGGAGGAGGACGACGACGAUGAUGUGGAGAUCAUCCCACCGUUUGGGCCUUCUGCUAUAACGUCUGCUCGUGCUGCUGCUGCUCCUGCAGCAAGAGACGGAAAGGGCAGAGAGGCAGAGGAGGCAGAGAAGGGCAGUUUGGGUGCAGAGGGGAGAGCACAGCAGUCACAGGCGCAUAUGUCGCGUGGUGUCACUUCACCACGCGGCACCUCUCUGCACACCUCGUCUCGUCACCUCUCGUCCUCGCCCAAGCCAUCCUCUCCUCUCACUCUGCCUUCUUCCCAUCCCACCACCAACCAGUUUCCUGCCUCUCCUCUCUCCCCACCUCUCUCCCUUCCACCUGCUGCCCCCACGCCUCCACCGGCGCCUUCCCAGAGCUUCGCACUCACACCCUUCGACUCCAAACAGCAGCAGCAGCAGCAGCAGCAGAAGCCUUCGAACUCUCCCCAGCGCCCUUCUCCCAAGGCGGAACGGGGGGAUCUGCCAGGGCAGACAGCAAUCCAGGCGCCCAUAGCGUCCCUCGCUCCUGAUCGUCUCGCGCUCUCCAAGGCCUCAUUCUCCACCCUCAUCUCCCCCCCUUCCACUCGCAAGCCCCCUCCUACCUUCCACCCCGCCGCUUCUGCUGCCACUGCCAUUCCCGCCACCAUGCCCAGCCCAGUACCUCUGACGUCGGUUUUAACUCCACUACCCCCCACCGCAAUCACCCCUCACCCCUCGAGACCAGCCGCUGGGCCGCACGCCCCUGUGCCUCCGGGUUACUCCUUCCUCCCUCCCCCCCGCCGCUCCUCUGCCCCUGCCCGCCCCAUAGCGUCAUCACAGCUGACAGCUAUUUCAGUGGCCUCCAAGCAUCUCGCGGCUGACUCCACGCCUGUGCUGCCAAGAGCUGCUUAUGUGGCACCAGUUGAUUGGACGCCACGCCCGCUGCCGAGAAUACGCAAGAUGAAGAAGUUUUGGAAGCUUCAGAGAAGCCGCACUGCUGUUGGAGCGGCAGCUGCUGUGGCUGCGGGUGAAGCAAGGGGAAAUGGGGUGAGCACUCCAAGACAGGGCACAGGUAGGGGGGGCACGAUCCCUGCACCUCCUGCUGAUUCUGAUCAUGCACUGGUAGCAGCUACUUCACCAGCUAUUGUGCCAGCAAUGCUCUCUCCUGGGGUCGGCAGCUCAUUGCAUGGUGCUUAUGCGAAUGUACCACACUCUCAACCCCGGUGAAUGUGGCUGAAUUCCGGUCGAACCUGGUGGUGUACUGAGAGUGGGCUAUAAUGUGCCAAAUGUCGGCUUCGCUCUUUGUGUUAUCCUAAUGAUACUAUGAUGGGAUAUUAGUUACAAUUCUGAUGGAAAAUGGU